AUGGCCGGCACAGGUGACUUCGCAAUGGGUGCGGUCUUGCAAGUGAGUGGCACCUGCGAAAUAAAGUUCAUCAACUCUACCGUGCAUAUAAGCCAUGGUGGUCCGGCUACGGACACCGUAGUGGCGAAACCGACGGGUAAUAAGGGAACGGAUGAGUCUGCUGUGGCUGCGACUGAGCUGGCGGCUAAGUCUGCGGUCGUAGCUGAGUCUGAGAUCAUGGCUGGAGCCAAUAAGGAAGAUUCUAUUGCGAGUGAGUUGGAGGUGGCUGUGUUGUGCUUCCAUGGGUUUGGCCACAUCGCCCCGUCCUUGCACUUGAGUGAGCGUUUGUGCCAGUUGCACAAGGGUUGUUCGGUGACUCUCUUUGGUGUCGUGAGUUCGACGCAACAGUUGGGUGCGAUCAAAAACUUGAUUGCAGAGAACCCACGAGUUCGUGUAUACGCGAUUGUCGCACAGGAUGACGAGGACUCCUUUUCCAUUUACGCUCAGGACGUGAAGAACGGUCGCUGGGUCGCCAGGGUGAAGAAAUUUUACGACUCGGGGUUGAUGGACCUCCGAGCGGUAAUCGUUGACUCCACGGGAUGCCACUCCGCAGGGAGUCCAGCAUGCGAAUCCGACGGGAAACCCCCCGGAGAGGAAAAAAAUCCCGUAGACAAAAGUUCCUGGGCGGCAGUCGUCAUUACAACCCCAAUCAGAAGACCGAAGGUGGUCGUACCAGACAUGUUCGUCGGUUACGAUACAGAAGUCGCACGUCAUUUCGGUAUCCCGAGUUGGCAGUUCCACGCUAGCAGUCUGGCUUUUGUGAGCGUAGCCGACCCGCAUGCGGAAACGACCAUUCCCGGUGUUGGCGUAGUGGAGCCAAUUGAGACGAGCCCGGCACACGUCGACAAGUUUAAGGGGCUCUUGGACGCGGAGAACCUCGCUAGACGAUACCGUGAAGGCAUUCUGGUCAAUGAUGUCGCUGAUUGGUGGCCUCACGAGGCCGUGGAGAUGGCGAGACAAAGAGUCACUCGCGCCGAAGACGGCCGCAACUGGCAGGUACUGUGUGUAGGACCGCUGUACAAGUGCAGGGAACAGGCCGCUCAGCAACUGGGUAGGAUUCAAACUACCGAACCGAAUCAUAGUGUUGAACCGAGACAGGCUACUCAGACGAAUCCGGCUGUCGCCAACACGCCGAAUCAAACCUUGCCGCGUCAGAGCACACCCAAUGGAACGACCACGCUGGAACAGAGCACACCGGAUCAAACGGAACAGACAGAGCUGAGUGGGGGGGCGAAGACCGAGCUUUCUGCUCAAGAGAAUAAGGAGGUGCGCAACCACUUCGACUCACAGCGGGGAUGUAGAUGUGAUUCUCAGACUCAGACGGACGAGGAUCUUGGGGACUUGACCCCCGAGGAGAGUCCGGCGAGCGCGGACACGGCUGAAGCGUGGCUGAAUAAACAACGACCGAGAUCUGUAAUCUUCGUUUCCAUGGGUAGUCAAUUCGACCUUCGGGCCGCUGACCUCUUGGAGCUUGCGAGCGCUCUAGAGGAAAUGAAUGUGCCUGUACUUUGGGCUCUAAGAUUGCCGAAACAGAACAACAUCAUGGUAACCGCAUUGAAGUCUGAAGAUGCUCAGAAGAUGUCUGAAGAUGCUCAGAAGAUGUCUGAAGAUGCUCACAAGUCUGGAGACAUUGAGAGCUGGCUUCCUGAAAAUUAUAUUAACCGUAAUUGCGGAAAAAUAAAGAUUAUCUCAUGGGUGGAUCAAGUUGCGGUGUUGAAGCAUAAGGCCGUUAGAGUAUUCCUGUCACACUCAGGAUGGAAUGGAACCUUGGAGGCAAUGUCAUCAUUUGAGGGCCCAAUUGUGUGUUUGCCGCUAGGUGCGGAACAGGCGAUGAAUGCGAAGAUUCAAGAAGAAUAUUUCAAGAACGGAUUGAGG